AUGGAAUCCAGUGUCAUAGCUUCACCAACAUACCAGAACUUAUCUUCCCUACGACGGCCACCACCUCCACCACCACGAUCUCCAAGUCCAGAACCACAUCCACCGCCUGCUCUUCCACCACGCAGUUAUUCACAAAAACCUGCCAAUAGUGACCCAGCAUCACAGAUACUUAGUACAUCCAUGUCCACAAAAGAUGAGGAAGGUAGCACUGAAGAAGCUAGACGCUGUGUAAAGAGUCUUGUCAACCAGUGGGAAAGCAAUUCUCCUCGUGAAGAUGCAUAUGCAGCUCAGUUGCGAAAGCAGGCAAUGAAGCUAGCCAAUGGUGGCACAGGAGGCCACACAGCCAGUGCCAAACAACACAACAGUGCAGUCAGUAUCACCUUGUUCCUCCAUGUCGUGCAUCUCAAGCUCCACAGAGCAAAGAGACCCCCUUCUGUUUUACCAGUUGCAGAGACAUCUAUAUCCACUCCACACUUAACUCAGCCUAAAGAUUCCAGCAAUACUUCUUUCACAGAAAGAGAUUCGAAGUCAGUACCUGGUGCUUUUCCACAGGUGUCUGAAAGGACCCGUGGGCUUUCCUGGGGAGAGCAGCACACACCUAGUCGUAAGACUGAUGGGUCACCUCACAAGGGACAGCAUCAGACACCUAGGGACAGAAGUCAUUCAGACAAAGUGCAUCAAAGAGACAGUGGUUCUUCCCCUUCCUCUCAGGAUGCUUUCUCCCCUUUCUCUCAGGAUACUUCAAGAGAAAGAAGUGCCUCUGAUACUCGCAUCUUUUCACAUGAGAAAGCAAAAGAAGACAGAUUGCCUUUAUCCUCUCAAAGACACCUGGACAGUUCACCUUCAACUUCACUGAAGGGCAACGAACUUGGUCUGAUAGGUGACCCUGGGGAUCUACCUCCGCCUCCUCCAGACCUGUUGAAUGACAACAGUAGCAGCCCUGGCAAAGAGUCACAAGCAGAUGAAAAGUAUGCGGAUGACUCCUAUGCUGCCUACAAAAAUCGCAGCAGCCGUCAGGUGGGAAUUUAUAAACGCAGUUCUUCUGCGGCCGUCAUCCGACAGAACAGCGAUGGCAACAGCGAGGGAGCCGAUACCAGUACUUUCGGUGACAGGCGGCUGGGCACUCAGAGCUGGAACAGCGAGACACACCUGCUGGCCGCCAACCGUCAUGACACUUUUCGCAGCGAUAAGGGAGCAGACACGGAUGGCGCGAACCUACCUGAAAGGCCCCCAGAUCGGCCUGUUAAUGUUCCAGCCUUCAAAGCGGACAGUGGUCCUGCCGUGCGCAGUGUUACAAAGGUGACUGGAGGACCGCAACCUCUUCAGGCUCGCCAUCAGCACUCGCGAACCCGGUCACCACAGUCGCAUUCGCCGACGGCGAGAGGCGGCGGUAGCGGUGGUUCUUUCGCCGCACAGCCGUACGCUGCCGCGUCGCACUCUCAGUCGAAGGGCAGGCAGGACGAAGGACACAGACAGUCUGGCGGCGCUCCGUUGGGUGCUUCGGUCACAUCUACGUCAGUCCAGCAAUCGCAGAGUCGGUCGCUGGUGGACCAUGGAACCAAGCUGGAGCGUAAGGAAUCAUUCACAUCGGGGCCGCCCACGCCGGUGCCUUCUUCGAACCGCACAGCCAGCCCAAGCCACCGUUGGGCCAACGUCGUACCUUUCGAAGCCACACAUCACUUGGCCUUGUCAAGUGAAAGUGUAAACAGGGGGAGCGGCAGCAACGAACAGGCGAGCAGCAAAUCUCGCGCCGGGGGACACUCGGACUCCAACAGCGUCAUGGAGCACCUAUCAAGCGGGUCGUUUCCCCUUCCUGUUGACAGUCCCGAACGUAGCCGGCUAGGGAAGGUCUCUAACACGAUCGUCGGCACCAGACCAGACCCUCGUGCUGACAAGGCCGGUCCGCCGUUAUCAGGUGUGGAAACUAGUCACAAGAAGAAAGCUCUUGCCAGUCCUGGAGACGGCACUAGAGCAGUCUCUGGUUUUUACAACAGACGAGAAAGUGCACCGCCGCCACCGUCACUUAUUCCACGUUCUUCACCAAGGGAGUCACCGCGACGGCAGUCCGAGGGCAGCUUCUUACCCUCGCGGCAAGAGGCGGACAAGAGGGGGGUAGACGAUCUGGCUGAUACGUCGGUCAGUCAUGGGCGACAACCCUCACAGGAGGAACUUGAGUGCGACCAGAAGGCGCUGGAGUUGGCUCGGGAAGUGGCAGACAGCGAGAAGAAGCUGUCCGACGUGCUGAGCGCCGACAUGGCGAGCACGCGCAUGAAGUACAUACAUGGGCUCUUCUCUGGGCCCGACGGCAGCCCAAAGAGGACUGCAGCACCGCCCUUGAGCAGCAGGUCACCCUCUCAGAACCAGGACAUGCAGGCAGUGACUGAGGAGGAGGCCAAAGUUGACAACAGUCAGAAAAAGAACUCCCUGCCAAGGGAAUACUUUGUCUCUCCCAACAAGGCUAUGCUACAGAUGGAGUGGAGAAACAAUGAAGAAGUUUCAAAAGAUCUUACCAGAAACAUUCAGGACAAUGAAACUUUAAUCAAACAAAAGGAAGAGCUGAUUGAGAAAUUGUAUAAGAAGCUGGAAGCACUGAAGGAAGAAAGAAAAAGUCUGCAGGGGGAAAUAGAUGAGAACAAUGGACUAGGGAAGAGGGUUCGAGAGACUGUGGAGGUGAAAUGUAGCAGUGCCAGUGAACGUGAUAAGUUUUGUACUGUGGUUGAUGACCUUGAGAAAAUCGUACGACUGCUGCUUAAUUUGUCUGGUCAGCUUGCUCGAGCAGAAAAUGCAGUACAGGCACUGACAGAGAACGUAGAUCCCAAGUUAAGGAAAAUGACGCUAGAUAAAAGAGAGAAAUUACAGACCAAGCAUGAAGAAGCUCAACAGUUGAAAGAGGACAUUGACAAACGAACAGAAAUUGUUUCUACAUUUCUUCGUCAAUCUCUCUCAGCAGAGGAGCACAGCGAUUACACUUACUUCAUCAAGAUGAAGUCCAAGCUGACCAUUGACCUUCAAGAACUUGAAGAUAAGAUUACACUGGGAGAAGAGCAGAUCCAAGAGCUGAAAAAAAGCAUCCCUGACAAACCUUUGUCUGUUUCUGCUGUUUCCUCCUCAGCACCAUCCUCCCCUUCAUCAUCACCAGUUCCUUCAUGACAAGCCUGCAGUGGGAUGCAAUGCAAAGAGAGGAUGGAAAAAUUAACAGAUCAGAUUAUUUUUAAAACAAGUUGUAAUGGAUUAUGAAGAGAGAAGCUGGUGCUGUUUCUUAUUUUCAAGAUAUGUGUUUAAAUCCUUUAAAGUAAACAAGGAUGGGGUGUGUCAGAACUUUUGCUUUAGUUUUGGCUUUUGUAGUUUUGUACCAUGAACAAGUACAUUGCUAGCAUUUGUGCAUGGGUUUAGUGCAGUAUCUCUUGAAACAACCAAAAAAACAACUCAACUAUUAUGGCACUAAAAUAGUGUAUCAGUUUUCAAAAUAUGGUCAUGGGCACAAAUAUUAGCAUGCAUGCUUUAGCUUUGCUCAGUGGAAAAUAUAUCUGAGCUUGUGCCUUUACUCCUAAUGAUCAUUUUGACUAAUACAAAUAUUACUGACAUUAAAAUGGAAGAUUCAUAGAAUGUUACAAGGGAAAUUGUAAAUAUUAGGCAUAAAAUUAGGAAAUUUUCAUAUGAUAAUUAUUAGUUUUGCAUUAAUUUAAACAUGUUUUCUGUGAAAUGGUUUUCUGUCUGGGUUGUUCCAACUUCUGAGAAUUUUCAAGCUUCUCAGUAGCUGGGUUGUAUUUAUUCAUAGUUUGUGGAAGUUUGCCUGAUAUGUGCAUCAUACUUGAGACCUUAUUGCAGUGGGCAAUAUUUAGGAUUUGGGUGGGUGAAACUAUAAAUUAAACAGAACUGACGAAGUACCUGGAGAACUAGAUCAAUCAUUAAGUCACCUUGAGGGAAAUACUGUACAAGGUUAUAAAAAUUUUUAUGUGAAGGUCAGGGAAAUGAUUUUGUUCAUUUCUUGGAGUUCCUCCACUUGUAAUUCUUAAUGUUGUAUUCAUCUUUAAAUGUAUAAUACUGGUGAAUAUAAAUCAUAAACAUUAUUCCUCACUGGUGUUAUUUUAAAUCGACAGUAUUUGAGAAUCAAAAUGAACAAGCUAAUUGACCAAUGCCUUACUGACUUGCGUAAACGGCGCCAGCUUUGGUAUCAACCUAAGGGAGGUAAUAUCAAGGAAACGGAAAGAUUUUUCAGUUUGUUUGGUUCACUUUUGCUCUCAUCAUAAAACUUGUAGAAACCAAAGAAUGAAGAUAUUUCGGAAAAACAAAACCUGAAGUAGGCUAAAAAUAUUUCUGGGAGUAGGGUAAUGAGAAUGGUUGUUUAACAGGGAAGAAAUCUCUGGCUAUUUUGAUGCAUUCCUGAUUUUUUUUUCACCCACUUGUAUAAACAAGCACAGUCAAGCCAUGAUUCAUACUUGAACGCAGUUGCAUGUGAAUACAGUCUUAAAGGGAAAAAAAAAGGACCAGAUCUUGGGCAUGCUAUAGAUAACAUCAAAAUUUGCUCCUUUUUUUCUUAUUUCUUACCGUUAAAGGUGCUGCAUAAAAGCAUUGUGAUUAAAAGCCAUUUCAUACAAAUGUUUUUGAUGUUUAUUGACAGGGUAUAUAGCCUUUGAUGCUUUGGAGGGGUGUUCAUAAAUUAAGUGAAUAUGGAGACUACUUGAGUUUGUGAAAAAAAUGAACAAUGUCAUGUACUCAUGUAGACAGUUCAUAUUAAGUGUUGAAGCUGUACAGUGGAAAGUAACUAAUGAAACUGAACCCAACUUUGGGUUGAACUGUUGAUGUAUAGUUGCUGUAAAUAUUUGUACAGUACUUGGCAGAAUGUGACCAUAUUUUACAUAAUAGAAUGUUAUGUAUUAAUGGAUGUGAAAAUGUGGGUAACUAGGCUUUUUCUUAGUACAAGCCCAUGAACUUGUCUGAAAAAGGGCCUUAAAACUAAAAUGGUCAAUACUUGAUUUUUGUCUGUUGUUGUGACCUAUAAAAACAAGAAGACCCAAAUCUUACGACUCAGAUAACUAGUUCCUGUGAAAUAUAGCUUAAGUGAUGAAUGGCAGUUCACAUUAUCUUCUGCACUGGUGAUUAAACAGAUUUGCUUACGCUAUUUGUGGAGUGAUAUUUUUGUAAGUUUAAUGCCACCAGCAGAUUGCAAAAUACUGGCAAGCCAGUAUAAACUUAGGUGGAGAAGUAGAAUGUUAGGGCAGACAGGCAUGCUUGCAGGUGGUUGUGUUGAUUGGGUUGUCAUUUUACUGCUUAAAAUGUAGACAUGUGAAAUAACUGCCCUUUUUUGGAAGUGAUAUUUUCCCCAUAUUCAAUGUGAUACAAGUUUGCUUGAAAUGAAGAAAUCUGAUUUUGUUUUGUUCAUUUAACUUUUUUUCAAUGCUAAGGUUUCCAAAAUUCUCAAAGUGUGCAUACUAUGUUAUUCUCUUGGGGUUUUUUUUCCAGAUAUUGAAAAGAAAAAGCUUUCUUGAUGCCCAUUUAUUCGUUAUAUUUUAUUUAAAACCCAAUGAUGUAGUGGUAUCUAUAGUUCAAAUUUUUAGAAUUGCAAAAUAAACGUCAGACUGUGUUCAUUUUCACAAGGUUGUUUAAUAAAGAUUCCUGAUAAAUUGCCUGAUUUUUUUCCCAUUCCACAUCUAGAAAAGAAAGUUCUGGAAACCUAUGAUAUCCUGCUUUAUGUUUGCCCUUGAUUUUUCUGGUCACAAGUUGUGUGCAAGAGAUCAGAUCUGAAAAAAUGCAACUAUCUGGGUUUGGAAUUGGUUAUUUAUGAGAAACAGAAAAUUACAGUUUGCAUAUAGAUGUCUCUUUGUUGCUUGACAGAAAUGGGAGUUUUAGUCGCAUCAGAUGUCCUCGUACAAUUAUUCUCUGAUAAAGUGUUCUGUAGCAUGUGGGCUGUCUUUAUGCUGGCAUGCAUGUGUGUGACACGUGUAUGGUUUUUCCUCACUUCUGUGCAUGCAUGCACAGACUCUACAUACAUUUUCUUCAUACACACAUUAACAUGAUUGAGCAAGGUAAGUCAAAGCACUUUGAGGCAAGUAGUAAAUGAGCAGAUUGUACCUCACAAACUAUUCUGAUUUUAACUCUGCAACUUAAAAUGUUUAGCAUGCCCACGUGAGUGAAGCAAAAUGGUGUGGUAUGUACAUUGGCAUAGAUGUUAAAAUGUAGGUUCUGCUCAACCUGUUCAUCAAUCUCCAUGCAAAUAAUAAAUGUGUGAUAAUUU